UCUUGCAGCGACGCCCCUGCUUGCUCUUUUCGUUUCCCUCCCUUUCUGUCCCUUGCUCACCUCUCUCUCUCCCCCGCACCGCACAGAUCCGGGGUGGAGAGGAGGGGACUGGGACCCUAGGAGGAAGCGACGCUCCGUACUUCUCACCAAAGGUCUCUGCACGAGCACCGACGCGGGGGGACGCGCAUCGCGAGGUCGUACAUGGCCGAUCUGCUCUGGCUCCACCAGUGAAGGUGGAUUGUCGGAUGCAUCCAGCUCCGUAGGACGGCAGGAGACUGCAGAGCUUGCAGGAUUGGGUCUGGUUUGGCUCGGAGGUGUAAGAAACAGAUGAACACUAAGUUUUUGAGGAAAAAAUAGCUAGCAUGGACGAGGGCAAGUUUCAGGCAUCUCAGAUGAAUUCACCCAUUGAGCUGGGGACAAACAAUGAAGCUGGUCCGGCUGAAGGUACUGGCUUCAGUAGAAAAGAAGACAAAAUACCUAAGAGGAAAAAGCACAGGCCCAAGGUAGUCAAAGAGAAAAAAAUAACCAAAAUACAGAAGUAUACAACUGCAAAGCCUGCCAAGGAGAAGGAGACUCGCUCAACUGGCAAGAGGAAAUAUGUCCGCAAAAAGGGACUAAACGCAACAACGAACCAACCUCCAGCAGAAGAUUCUGAUAUGCAGAACAGAGCUGAAAAAAUAAAAGCAAGGAGAAGCUUGAAGUUCAAUGAGGAUGAUCGGCGAAAAAAUGCUGAUCUAGCAUCACAAGCCCAGGUUACUGAAGCGUCUUUCAAUCCAGAGGAUCCUCGGUCAUCAAUAUAUGCAGCUAAAAGAACUCAUGCGCGGGUGGCAUGUCAUUGGGGGGGCACCAGCAGCUCAAUAAAUGCCAACCCCAAAGCUUUUACAAGAGAAGCUGUGACAAUGGACGGAUUUUCUGUGCAGGGCGAUGGUUCGAGCUUUGCUACCAAUCAGAACAACCAUAAUGAAGCUUCUUUUGGUCUUCAUAAUUCUUACGAUUUUCCCCAUAUUCCUGCACCAGUAGGUAAUCAGAGAGAGCAUAGUGCUGUCAAUGGCCCUAUGGUUUCUUUAGACACAAGCUUUGUGCACUCAAAUAGUUCAAGGACAAUCCAUAAUGACCCCCAUUCCAGCAGUUCUCGAGGAUCUUAUCUUACUGAAACUUGCCAACAGAUGAGACCAGAGUCUCAAAAGAAUCAGCAGUUUGGAGCUGUGGGCGAGUUUUCUUCCUCGUCAGCGCAUCUUCCCAGUAAGUGGAAUACAAAUGAAGUUUCAGCAACAAACUCUGGAGCUUUUACCUUGGCUGAUGUCCAGAGGUCGUUGGCCCUUGAUAAAUCACGAUGUCACCAACGAAUGAUUAGCUCUGGGAUCUCUGAACUCAUCAGGGUCCAACAACAUAACCAACCUACCCUGUCCCUGUGUGACACCAGUGACACAGUUUUUGUUGCUUCGCCUGACAAACAGUCCAGAUACAUAAAUUCUCUUGGAGGAAACAAUGUACUACCAAAUACGUAAUAUCCAGACGAUGGGAAGCCAUCAACUUCAGACUUUGGAAGUCGAACCUACUCUGCAUUACUCCAUUGACGAAGAUUGUAGUAUUGCUUUACCUGGCAAACAGCCAAGAUACUCGACUGCAGAGCACACACAAUUGCCCAGUGGUACUGAGAAUCCAUUUAUAGAAAAUUAUAUCCCCAGUGGUGGUAUUCAUCAACUCCAGUACUUCGAAAAACGCAUGGUUAACGGGCCAGAAUCAGUUCCAGAAACACAUGGCGCGUCUGCUUAUGAUGAUGCUGUGAACAACUACUGCAUUGCUAUUCAUGGCGAGCAGAUCACACACACAGGAAUUGAAGCUGUUGGGAAACCAGUAAGUAAAUCAACAAGAGCUAAACGCCGUUUGCUAGAUGCUUCUGGAGAAAACAAAGAAGCAAACCCUACCAAAAAGCCAAAGAGCGGCCGUCCAAGAAAGGAAGAAAGCAAUGGGAAGCCAAAAGGCAGAGGCACAAGGAAAGAAACUGUUCGUCCUGCAAAACGUUUAUCGUCAAAAGGCAAAUGCACCGACAAUGAGCCUAUUUCUUGUGGCUCUGAACUUUCUGCAGGAACUACUACUAAGGCGGCAACGUCGGAGUCUAAAAGAAGUAUGGAGAGACCAAGCAUUUUGGAGAUCUCUGACCGUGAUAAUUAUAGAAGCAUCGGUUCCGAGCAUAUUGAUGGAGCCAUUACUGAACUUAUAGCACUAUCAGCUGAUCCUUUAGACGCCGAAAUUGAAAUUUUCAACCUUUUAUACAUUAGCAAAUCAGAUAAAGUUAUGGCAGCUGCUUGUAAUAAAGGCACAUCUGAUGCGCUCGUACCAUUUCAGAGAAAUGGAAAUAAAAAACGUUCUCGACCCAGGGUGGACAUCGAUCCAGUAACCUCUUUGAUGUGGAACUUACUAAUUGCACCAAAUAUGAGUGAUGAUGCUGGAGGCAUGGACAAGGAUAAAGAGAAGUUGCUUGAUGAGGAAAGAAGAGUGUUCCGGGGGAGAAUCGAUGCAUUUAUUGCUCGCAUGCACCUAGUUCAGGGGGAUAGACGAUUCUCUCCUUGGAAAGGAUCAGUUGUUGACUCGGUUGUGGGUGUAUAUCUUACUCAGAAUGUUGCCGACCAUCUUUCUAGUUCUGCUUUCAUGGCGGUUGCUGCGAAAUUUCCAGUCAAACCAGAAGGCCCGGAGGGAUCUACAGCAGAGAUGUCUCUCCAGCGCCUGAUCCUGAUCUGGUUGUUCUCAUCGGAUCUACAAAAAAAAAUGUCUGCUGCAUCGGGUUUUGUUGCUGUCCCUCGCUGUCCGGUGAUCUUUGAUGGUACUAACUACACCGAGUUCACUGGCUUCAUGCGCAUUCACAUGCGUGGCAUUCGUCUUUGGGGUGUUCUUUCUGGCGAGGUCUGCUGUCCGCCACGUCCAGUUCCUCCGGUGGCCCCUACUCCGCCAACUCCAUCGGUUCUUCCUACGGAUGCUAAUCAGGCCGCCAAGGAUGCGGCUAAGGUUGCUGAUGAGGCUGCUGAUCGUGCUUAUGAUGAGAGGGUUUUGGCUUAUGAGGAGGCUCUUCAGUUGUAUCAUGGUGCUCUGUCUGCUUACACCCAGUGGCUUGAUGAUGAUGCUCGUGCUGCAGCUGUUCUCACUGCUAGUGUUCUGCCUCAGUUUGCUUCUGAAUUUCUGGGUCUUUCUACUGUCUUUGAGAUGUGGAUCCGUCUUCGUGAGCGCUAUCAGCCCUCUGGUGAUGCCCUAUACCUCUCUGUGAUCCGUCAGGAGCAUGCUCUUCAGCAGGGUGACUCUACUGUUGAUGACUUCUAUGCACAGAGUUCUGCUAUCUGGCGUCAGCUUGAUUCUCUCCGUAGUGCUGGGUGUCGUACCUGCCCCUGUUGCCAGGCUGUCCAGGCCAAUUUGGAGUUUCAUCGCGUCUAUGAGUUCUUGUCUCGGCUCCGUAAGGAGUUUGAGCCCCGGCGUGCUCAGUUGUUUGCUCGUGGCCGUAUUUCUCUCAUGGAGGCGCUUUCUGAGAUUCGUGUAGAGGAGACUCGCUUACGUGGUGCUGGUUUGCUGGAGGUUCCCUCUGUGCUUGCUACUCGUGCUCCAUCGACCACUUCUCGCUCUAGUGCUCCGCCGCUCUUGCCCACUCCUUCUGGAGGCUCAGGUCGCCCCCGUCCACACUGCGCCUAUUGCAACAAUGAUGGUCAUCUUGAGUCUCAGUGCUACACGAAGAAGAAACACCUGCGCAAGGCUCAAUCAUCAUCUUCAGGGACUUCGUCGUCUACCUCGACAGCUUCAGCCAUUGCUUUGACUGAGCAGGAUAUUCUGAGACUUAAGCGUCUGCUCGCGGCUUCAGGUUCUUCCUCGACGGGUACUGCCGGUUCUGUGACUGAUGCUUCCCGCACUGAGCAAUCACCCUCUACACAGUCAGCCACCAUCCUCCCCGGUCUCCUCGCCUCGCAUGUCGCCGGAUUCUCCACCUUCAUCUCCGGUGACUUCCUCUCCCAGUUUGUCACCGGAUUCUACACCUUCAUCUCCGGUGCUAUCAGCAUUGCACGCGAUCCUGUGAAGCAUGAGCUCACCAAGCAUAUUGGUGUUGAUGCUUUCUAUGUGCGCGCUGCUGUGCAGGAUCAGUCUCAUAUGCCUCCUGGACAGAAUGAUAGCUGUUCUGGACUAUUUGGUGAUUCUUUCAAGCUGAAAGGGAAGUUCUCUGUUGAAGAGAUACUUAAUACCGAGUUUCAUGAAGGAAGUAACAGUAACGAAUUGAUUGGAAGUUUUUCUGGAGAUGGAUUCAACUUUGCAGCAGGAGAAUGUUCUGUUCCAUAUAGGGAGUCCCUAAUUGACCUCCAUGAAAAUAGGCAAUCAAAAUUUGUUGUCCCAGAAAGUGGCAUUGCAAGCGUGAUAGAAGCUGAAGUACCAAUGGAGGAUGCUAUUUCUUCACAAAAUUCUUCUGUUUCUUCUCAACAUUCGCCAGAUUACCCUUUUCACAGAACUGAUCCAAUGGGGUUCAGUUUGUUGCCAUACUUCCCAGAAAAGGACCACAUGGUGAUAAAUUUACCCAAUAGGAUGACAAGUUCAACUGGACAUGCAGAGCAUCCACCAAUGCAAGAUUUCCAGAACAUGCAUAAUGAUAUGGUCGGAUCAUCAGAAUAUGGAGUUAAUCUUCUUCCAGUCCCAGGUGUGAAUAAAGAUGUGUUGUUUGAUCUAAACAGAACUUAUCAGGCUUACGCCUCCUAUCUCCAGAAUGGCCAUGUGGAUUCGACGAGUGUUCCUUUUGUCAGCCAUCUGGACAAUUCAUUCUGCACAGGCCUUGAUAGCAUGUUUCAUCCAAAUAUUACACAACCUGAGGAUAGUUUUUAUCAGUUACCAUCUGCUUCUAGCAUGUCCAACAGAAAUAAAACCAGAGAGGCUGAUUGUUCAAGCAAUGUUCUAUAUUGUAUGGACGAGUCACUAGUCCAGCAGAAGUCCCAUUUUCCUACCGAGCCUUCGCAAAAUGAGAAUUUUUCACCAAUAAUGAAACAAAACUUUCAGCCAUUAAUUAGUUCAGUGGAUGAGUCACUUUCUAAAGAACAGUUAUUUUGUGAAUACAAAUUUUCAAGCAAGGACAUUGAAGUUCCAUUUGCGCAACAGCAAGAGUGUUCAAAUUCGCAAGAGGUAUACAGAACAAGGGCAAAGCAAAUGGACGGUCAGUCAGGAUGCAGCCAACCCCAACUGGAAAACAUUAUCAGACUUCAGGCAGAAACAUGUGAAAAUUAUUGUUCUUCAAACUUGUGUGAAAACCUGAAUGCUCAUUCACAGGUCUCACAGGGAGUUGCAGAUCCCAUAAGGAAAUCAAAAGUUAGUCAAAAAGGUUCAUCGGAAGUUCCUACAGAUGAAUCAAAAGGAAAGACGGUGUGUGGGCCUACAGAGAAAACUUAUGAUUGGGAAAAAAUACGAAAAGAAUUGUUCGCCAAUAAUGGAGAUAAACCAAGAAGUCCUAAUGCAAAAGAUUCGGUUGAUUGGGAAGCAGUACGGCAAGCAGAUGUGAAAGCCAUAUCUGAAACCAUUAGAGAGCGAGGACUGAACAAUAUGCUAGCAGGCCGAAUAAAAGAAUUUCUAAAUCGAUUGGUGAGAGACCAUGGAAGCAUUGAUCUUGAAUGGCUGAGAGAUCUCGAACCAGAAACAGCAAAGGAGUUCCUUCUAAGCAUUAGAGGGCUUGGACUCAAAAGUACUGAGUGUGUUCGCCUUUUGACACUAGGUCAUGUAGCUUUUCCGGUGGACACAAAUGUUGCUCGGAUAUGUGUCAGGCUUGGCUGGGUGCCUCUUCAACCUCUGCCUGACUCUCUUCAACUGCACCUAUUGAAACUUUAUCCCGUGCUGGACCACAUACAGAAAUAUCUUUGGCCUCGACUAUGCAAGCUUGAUCAGUUUACUUUGUACGAGCUUCACUACCAAAUGAUAACUUUUGGAAAGAUUUUCUGUACCAAAAGUAAGCCUAACUGCAAUGCAUGCCCCAUGAGAGCUGAGUGUAAGCACUUCGCUAGUGCAUUUGCAAGUGCAAGGCUUUUGCUUACUGGUCCUGAGGAGAAGAGUUCGGUUGCAUCAGAAAAUUUAAAGGUCGCAGAGAUGUGCCACCAAACAUACAUAGACCCGAGACCAGAGGGUCAUUUUGAGUGGAAUGCAAACCAUCACGGCCAUGUUGCUUCUGGUAAUCAUCAGCCAAUUGUGGAGGAACCAUCAAGCCCCGAUCCUGAACCAGAAAUUGCAGCACAAGAAGCUUCAGUACAGGAUCUUUUCACUGACGACCCUGAUGAAAUUCCUACCAUCAAUCUUAACAUGGAGGAGUUUAAACAAAACUUGAGGAGUUAUAUGCAAGCAAAUAACAUUGAUACUGAAGACACUGACAUGUCAAAGGCCUUGGUCGCUAUAAGUCCCGAAGCUGCAUCUAUUCCAACUCGCAAGCUCAAGAACGUCAGUCGCCUGAGGAGUGUACACAAAGUGUAUGAAUUUUUCCUUGAUAUUAAACUAAUUAGAAUAUCUCAGAGUUCCUUUGUAAUAUCUGCAUCACUCAGGAUGGAGAACACACACAUCUAUCUAUGUAUAAUUUCAUUUGUUUGCAGCUUAUUCUAUGAACUGCCGGAUUGGCACCCUAUUCUGAAAGGAUUCGACAAAAGAGAGCCAGACGAUCACUGUCGAUAUCAUCUUUAUGUUUGGACCCGAGGUGAAACAGCACAAUCAGCUGAUGCACCAAAGACAUUCUGUAACUUCGACGAAACCAGUAAACUAUGUGGAAGUUCAACAUGCUUUAGCGGCAACAGUGCACGGGAAAUUCAGGCUCAGAAAAUACCAUGCCGGACAGCAAUGAGAGGAAGCUUUCCGCUUAAUGGGACAUAUUUUCAAGUUAAUGAGUUGUUUGCUGACCAUCAGUCAAGCACAAAUCCAAUUGAUGUACCGGGAGCAUGGAUACGGGGCCUCCGAAGACGAAUGGUUUACUUUGGAACGUCAGUUCCGACAAUAUUUAGAGCAAACCUGCUUCCAUUUGCUAGAUGUGGCUAG